CUGUAGUCUGUGCUUCUAUGUCGGAAUUCGGAUUGGAUAAUGAAUUGUUGCUAUUACUUCUAGUUUUGUAAUAUUUCAUGUAAAAACCAGUGAUCUAAAAUCAGUGAUCAUAAAUAAUUAAAGUAUAAAUUUAAUAGCUUUUUAGUUUGUACAUUCACAAAUAUUAAAAGAAUGGCUGCACAACUUUUUAAUCGCAUUGGCCAAGUAGGUCUUGGUUUGGCUGUGGUUGGAGGAGUAGUCAAUUCAGCCCUAUACAACGUUGAUGGCGGUCACAGAGCAGUUAUCUUUGACAGGUUUGCUGGUGUGAAAAAUUUGGUUGUUGGUGAAGGAACUCAUUUCUUCAUUCCUUGGGUUCAGAAACCUAUCAUAUUUGAUAUUAGGUCCAGGCCUAGAAAUGUCCCAACAGUCACAGGAAGUAAAGAUCUUCAAAAUGUUAACAUAACCCUUCGUAUUCUAUUUAGACCAGUGCCUGAUCAGCUUCCUAAAAUUUAUACCAUCCUUGGAAUUGAUUAUGAUGAUAGAGUUCUGCCAUCAAUCACAUCUGAGGUUCUUAAGGCAGUUGUGGCUCAGUUUGAUGCUGGUGAAUUAAUCACCCAAAGAGAGAAUGUCUCACAAAAAGUUAGUGAAAGUUUAACAGAGAGGGCUUCUCAAUUUGGUUUAAUAUUAGAUGACAUUUCCAUUACACAUUUGACAUUCGGCAAGGAGUUCACACAGGCUGUUGAAUUAAAGCAGGUUGCACAACAAGAGGCUGAAAAGGCAAGAUUUCUUGUUGAGAAAGCAGAACAACAAAAGAAAGCAGCUAUUAUUACAGCUGAGGGUGAUGCUCAGGCUGCUGUUUUAUUGGCCAAAUCUUUUGGAACUGCUGGUGAAGGUCUAGUGGAAUUAAGACGUAUUGAAGCUGCAGAAGAUAUUGCUUACCAACUAUCGAAAUCACGCAACAUUACAUACUUACCUGCUGGUCAAAGUGUACUUCUAAAUCUUCCCUCGCAAAAUUAAGUUAAGAUGUUUCUAAAUCUAGCAUUGUACAACAGAAUGUGCAAUUUGUAUUUACUUUAAUCAUAAGAAACUGCAUUUGAAUGUGUUGUUGGUUCCAAUAAAAUGUAGUAUGGAUUAGCUUUACAAAAUGGUAAUUAAUAAUUACACAAUAAAGUAUAUUUGUUGAA